UACUUCUUGAAUUCCCCAUAUCACAAUGUCUUUUACUAAAAUCGGUAAUCGCAAGAGUCUAAACUACAUAUAAACGACGUCAUUUCAUAUUUGUCGAUUCGUUGCCAGAGAAGCUCGGGACAAAGCACACUAUCGCAAGAUCCAGAGCCGUUUCUAUCAGAUGUCUGAUCAUGUGGAGGCUCCUAAAGUUGGGGAGAACCAAAAAGGUUCAGGAGCCUCAUCUCCUGCCAAUGAAAUUCAGGCAACUUGGUACAGUACCCUACUCCAUCAAACAUCUAUCUAUGGUAUAGCUGCUGGAUAUUGCAUUUCAGCAUCUCUUCUUUCUAUCAUCAACAAGUGGGCUGUCAUGAAGUUCCCUUAUCCUGGAGCUCUUACUGCUCUACAGUAUUUUACUAGUGCUGCAGGUGUUUAUGUAUGUGGGUUGUUCAGAAUCUUGGAACAUGACCCACUUGACCGUCUAACCAUGUGGCGUUUCCUACCUGCAGCUAUCAUGUUCUACCUUUCACUCUUUACCAACAGUGAGCUUUUACUCCAUGCCAAUGUUGAUACUUUCAUUGUCUUCCGUUCUGUAGUCCCCAUAUUUGUUGCGGUUGGAGAAACCCUGUUUCUACACCAGCCAUGGCCAGCAUUGAAGACAUGGUUAUCACUUGCCACCAUUUUUGGUGGAAGUGUGCUUUAUGUUCUGACAGAUUACCAAUUUACGAUUAUAGCUUACAGUUGGGCUUUAGCUUAUUUAAUAAGCAUGACUGUAGAUUUUGUUUACAUUAAGCACGUUGUGAUGACUAUAGGUUUAAAUACCUGGGGUCUUGUGUUGUACAACAAUCUCGAGGCCCUUCUACUCUUUCCCUUGGAACUGCUUAUAAUGGGUGAACUGAAGAAGAUAAAGCAUGAAAUCUCUGAUGAGUCAGAUUGGCACACUUUUGAUGUUGUUUUGCCUGUUGGAUUAUCGUGCUUAUUUGGUUUAUCCAUCUCUUUCUUUGGGUUUUCUUGCCGGAAGGCAAUUUCAGCGACAGGAUUCACUGUUCUUGGUGUAGUGAACAAGCUUUUGACAGUAGUUAUCAAUCUCGUAAUUUGGGAUAAACAUUCAUCAUUCAUUGGAACCAUAGGGCUUCUCAUUUGCAUGCUAGGUGGUAUUUUGUAUCAACAGUCCACGAGCAAGCCCAAGUCUGUGCCAGAAGUAAAAGCAGGAGAGCCUGAAGAAGAACAACAGGAACUAUUACUAGAAAUGCAAAGCAAGAUAGAAAGCCACAGGGAUGAGAAACAAGUUACUGAAUCUGGCCAGGAAAAAUGAGAUUUCAAAGUCAAAUUUUGGUAGCCUGUGCUUGAACAGAAUUUUGGUGAUAAUUGCUUUGCUCGCGCAUCCUCUUCUACAAAUGUUUAUAGACCUAGAAAACCAGACAGUUACAUAUAGUCGCAGCAGCAAUGUUUUUGGAGUUAUAUUCUUGCGAAUCGAAAAAUUUAUUAAUGAAGCAGAGCCCAAUUGGGCAUUUUUCUUGUUAUCCAAUAUGAAUUUUUGCCUGUUAAAUUAUAGAAGGGGAAUUGGUCAAUGGCCAUUCUU